GAUGGCAUACUUGUUUUUGAUGCUUUUGUCGGUAAAAUUGUUAAAAUUCACAUUUCUAUUGUAUCUAUGUGUGGAGAUUUCAUUGCCGUUUCAAGAAUGGCUAAUAAUAAUGGGCCUACGUCACUUGCUCCAUGUCCACACUGUGUUAUAAUGAAGGAUACCAUAGAUAAAAACUUGGGUGACAUUGAUCUAGAUUUGAACUCAGAGUUAGAAGAAAGGUCUACAGUCAUAUUAGAUGAUAUCACUGAGUUCAAAAAGUUUGUUAAUAAAAGAGGUACUUUAAAGUCAAAUGGUGGCUCUGUUGUUACUAGAGGGUUCUAUAAUUUACAAAGAAAAGAUGAAAAGUUUUAUGAAGCUGCUGCAAAAUUAUUGAACUCAGUUCCAGAUGCUGAAAAGAUUCUAGGGUUCUCGAACAUAAGCUCUUUGUUUUGCCAUGACUAUGCAUUUGGUUUACAAGGAGGCUAUUCGUUAAUGUUUGAUAGUAUGCAUUAUGUUGAAAAUAUCUGCAAAAAGCUGAGAAAGAGAUUGUGCCAUAUUUAUGGAGGUUUUGUUCACCUCAAUAUUAUUAAUUACCCAAAUGAGUUUGGUGAAAUUCCCACCAGUUUUAAUAAAUCAGAUGAUAAAUCAAGAUUGGAUCAUACAACACAUUGUAAAGCUGAGCAAGAGAUGAGUUUGGUGGUAUUACUAAAUAUAAUGAUUAAUAAUGACACUAGAGCGGGAGAUCAAGCUGAAAUACAACUGCCUGGUGAUUUUAAAAGAAUUUUUGAUUUAAAUUUUUUGAUAAUCCAUGUCAUCUCAUCCUAUCACGUUUUAAAAUCAGAUCUAUCUUAUUUUGAUACACUCAUAAAGGAAUUUAUAACAAAAUAUGAAGGUGAUUUAUGCAACAGAAGUCAAGAGUAUUGGCAAGAACUCCAGGAUAAUAUAAACUCCAAGUACGGCUUGAGAGGUUCAAAGCAAAUUGAGCUUGAAAGAAUGACAUCAAUAUAUUUACACACACUUUGCCAUGUUACUGAACUGAUAAAAUUCAAAGGCCCAAUUCACAAUUACAACUCUUUCGACCUUGAGCAGUUGAUGGGUGUGAUCAAGAAGGCAUCUGCAAACGCCACGUUCAAAACACUGACCAAUAUAUCAAACAAGGCAGUUUUUUUAUAUAAUAUAAUGGAAAUUAUGAGUAUCAUCCUUCAACAAGAUGUCAACUUAAGCAAACUUGAACCGGUACAAACGUUUGAAGAAAUAUUAGACAUUUACAAAAUAAAGGCAAUAGCAUGUGAGACCAUUAAUUUGAAAAAUGAUCAAUCAUUUAAAGAUAAACUAGCUCAACUUGAAAAAAGAAGAACCGAUGAUGAUGAUUGUACUAUUGAAUUAACCUCAAAAAGUAAUAUAAAUCAAAUUACAAUCAAAGAGUCACAAAAGGUCAAGACAAAUUAUGAUUAUUUGAGAAAGAUACCUAUUGAAAGACAGCUCAGAACAACUUUAAAAGCGUACACAGAUAAAAAAUAUGAAAACUAUAAGGUGUCUGAUGAUGGCUACACAUUUGUGAAAAACUUCAAACUAAACUCAAAUAUAUUCUUACACUAUAGUGAAAGUAUAAGCCCAGUAUCAAGGUAUCCAUUGAAUGCUGAGUCAAAUAAAAUAGAAAUAACACCAUCAAAGUUCAACCCCCUACUAUGCC